UCUGCUGCUAGAAACAUUCUUUUAACUAUAGUAUUGCUUUCUUUUUACAUCCAAUAAUGUUAAAAAUACCAUUAUUGUAAUAGCAUGUAACGAUGAACAAGAUUCUGCUGAUGUUGAUUUCAAAAGAUUAAAGGGUAAUGGAUCCUGUGAUUGAUUCUGAAUGGCUUGGUUUCAAAAAUGAUCCAAUAGACGAACCCCAAACCUUAGGCAAUGUCGCUCGCAGCUGGCAAUGGAGGGAGAGAGGGAUUGAUCCCCCGAACUCCUCCGCAAACAAAAUGGUUCUUGAAAAUAUUGCUGAAGACAUUCUUGUCAAGAAACCCCUGAAAAUAAGGUGCAGUGGCCAUCCCAGAUCUACUUUUCUUAUGAUGUUUAGUCCUGAUGGGACCAAAGUAGCAUCUUCGUACGCUAAUCACAAUGUGUACGUGUCGGACCUCGCCACCGGUAAACACGUGAGGAUAUUGAAGGGUCAUCCUCGCACGCCCUGGUGCAUCGCCUUCCAUCCCUCUCACCCACAACUUAUCGGAUCAGGGUGUCUCGGAGGCCAAGUCAGAGUAUGGGACAUCUCUAGUGGUGGCAGCGAGGUUUGGAAUGUUCGUAAUGAGACUGUGAUAUCUUCCAUUGCGUUUCAUCCCAGCAAGCAGCUGCUAGUGAUAGCUACGUACAAUGAACUUUAUUUCUGGGAUUGGAGCCAGCCCGCACCAUUCACUAAAGUCACUACAAAUUCUGUCAACGAAAACGUCAGAUAUGUGGCUUUCGACUCGCUGGGUUACAAACUAAUAACCGGCAUAUCGUUGAACGCCUCCGCUACUCCUUCACCUCCCAGCACAACUGACCGCGGGACUGACCCGAUGGAAACAGACCCGUCGCCCGAAACGAACAGCUACACGCGAGUGGCUCGAACGUUCUCAGUACCGCCUCGGGAGGACGAUGAAAAUUCUACGACGCGGGAAGAUACCGACCCCCCCGCCGGCGGCGACGGGGAGGCCGGUAGCAGCAGAAUUUUCAAUCUCGACGCUCUGUCUUUCGAUACUUUGUCCGCGAGGGAGCCGGGUACAUCGCGAGACCGAUCGUCGUUUGGCUCGCGACAAUCUGCAUUCCAACCCUUGAACGAUGGCGGCAGGCGCACGUUCCGCACAGUCGACCAGAGGGAGCGGACCUCGAGACUCCUACCUAACCCGUUUUCGUCCACGAACGUUACACCCCGACCCAGUAGGUUCACGUUCACGAGCGGCUCGCUCGACCCGCCGGACGACAACUCCGAGUCCUCGCGGACCCGCGUCUUCCUCUGCCCCACCUACCGCUCCGUCACACCGCCCGAGGUGCUGGAUCUAUCCUCGCAGAGAUCCACCGACAGCCAGCAGGCGACGCUCUCGGCCUUGAACGACAAUCUGACCAACGACACGACGGCCCCCCGCGACACACCCUCGACUUCCGCCGCCGCCGCCCAGCGAGAGACCCCUUCCGCGAACGCUUCUACCCCAAUGUCGGGCCCCGUCGACGCCCAAACUAUCAACGAAAGCUUGGACCUGAUUCGCGAUAUACUGCGCGAUUCGGGGACGAGAUUAUUGAACCUAAUAACGAACAUGUCGCUGUCGACGCUGGCCAACGUCGAGCGCCGGGAGCGGAGCCUGCCGCGCCGGCGGACCAACUCCCGUGCGCAGUCCGACGAGAACGACGUCGGCGACCGCGCGCGGACGACGCGCCCUCGCGUGCGCCUCUUCAGCUCGAGCCUGCGCCAGGAGUUCCUCUCCUCCAGCUCCGAAUCCGACGGCGACCGAUCACCGGAGGUCAAUAUAUUCCGAACUCGGAACACCACGUUCCGGGAAGACGACCCGAGGCGGCCGGCCCGCGCCGCCGAGGUGCCCUACAGGCUAAUGCGGCCGACCGAUAGAUUGGUGAUCGAGCUGGGGGAGCCCGAGUCGACCGCCACCGACCGGCCGGAGGGCAUCAGCGUUACCGCAAACGGGAGCCGCUUCCGAGUGCGCUCCCAGAGCAACGGGCCCGACGCGGAGCCCGGGGCGGCGACGCGCGACGGCUCGGUCGACGCGGAGCGAAGAAACGAAAGUAACCCCGAGAUCGAUCUCGACCGACCCUCGACGAGUAGGGACAAUUUAUGGGUCGGCGGCGUGGUGUUUCCUCCGGACGAGGCCUACAGAAAGGUGAGGGAGGGGGUGAAUGCAUUACAGAAGCAUACCACGCAGCUAACGAAUUUGUGGCUUCGCGGUAGCAGGAUCACCAUGCGCGAGCUCCGCAACAUGUGGGAGAACUUGCGGCGACGCAUACUGAUGCUCCACAGGGAGCCCGGACGGCGGGACGUCCCGACCUAUUUUACUAGAUCCCUCCUGGAGCGGUGCAUGAUGCUGUCGGACAUGACCGAUCAAAUAUCGCGCGGCUCCAGCAGGACCUCGAGAAUAAACUCGAGAAAUAGAGAUGCCGCUCGGGACACCGAAAACGGUCCCGAAGUCAAUAUGACCUCCCGAAGCGACGGCGCCGUAGACGACAGCGAGCCCGGUCCAUCCACGGGAGGUGCCGACGAAACGUCUCGCGAGAGGCCCCCGACACAGAGGUCGCCGCAGGCGAGACCCUCCGCCGUACUACGAUCCACUCUCGCUCAGAGAAGACGACCGUCCGGCUUCAGAUUGAGACUGGAGGAGGAGUUCAGACGAAGGUCGCGCAACUCCGUCGCGACUAGACUAUCACAGAGAUACUCGACGAGACCGAGGAGGGAGAUCGUUCGAGCCGUGGAAAUAAGCGCCACACGACACGAAAUCCGCAUGCGCGCCAUGCAGGUGCUAUCGGUGAUGUUCAAUAUGAUGAUGAUGUGCUUAGAGGAGAGGGGAUUGAGCCAGCUGAUAAUAAAUAUGCUGCGUAUUUUGAAGAAGGCGCUGGCCCUGACGUGCUUGAUGUUGAUGACCAACAGGCCCGGACGAGCCGGCGAUGCCUCCUCGCCGCAGCGAGUGGACCCGGCGAACGUCAUUCGCCUCGAAAACAUAGACAACUCGGAGCCGAUCAACGUGGACGGCCCCGACGAACCCCUCCAUAAUCUUAUUCUUAACGAAACCGAGGACAGGCGCUCGCAAAGAGAUGCGGACAAAGCGAAACAUUCCAAGCGCGAUUCGUCGUCUGACGUGAAACCCUCGACGUCCAACGCCACCAGCUCCACGGAGCCGACGCCGAGCACCUCGAGCGCUACUACCACCCAGAGGUGGAGUAAUCGCUUGGCCGUGCAAAUAGCGGCCGCGAACAGAAACAACUCUGCGACCGCGAGGAAUAGGAGGGAGUUGUACAUGGAGAGCAAAAGACUAAAGGCGCUACAUAGAACGAAUCCCGCGGCUCAUCCGCUGGCAAAGAGGAAAGUUUUACCGCCGGUUUCCACCUACAGAAUUCCCGCUCUGCGUUGGGCGUCAAAAAAGUCGGUCCAUAUUGCUCAGUCUACUCCGAGAGCCCCACCGAAUCCCGACGAGCCCGUGGCCGGCCCCUCGGGCGCCAACUCCACCGACUGCCCCAGGAGACAGAACCACGACGUACACAACUUCGAAUACAGAAUAAAUUUAAUAAGAAUGGCGCACAUGCAGGCCGUCAGAUUACGGAACGCGGCCAGAAACAGGUUUCGACGCCUGCAAACGAUACGCUUGUAUACGCCCUCGUCCGUGCGGGAGAUGUUUACUCUCCAACCCAACGGGGACGACCAGCAGGAGAAUCGGUCCAACCUCCAAAAUGGCCCGGAGACGAGCAACCGAAGGUCUCUAUUUUACGAGUACACUACCGCGUCCCACGUGCUGUCGAGAGAUCGCGUGUUCCAUCGAGGCUCGACGAGAAACGCCGAGGGCUCCGGUCAGUUCCAAGCGGUCAUCGGCAGUGCUAGCGCGCCCCUAUUGCCGGGCGAGGUACCGACGGCCAACUCCGAGAAUCGAGCGAAUCAGCCCCCCAGGCGGCCGCGUAUUCACGAUUACCUCCAGCCGAUCAUACUCGCGCAGAACGCUAUGGUGGUGGACGAGGAGGGCGGUGCGGAAGGUGGCGGGACCGGCGGCGGCGGGAGCGGUGGGGGCGGAGGAGGGGGCGCGGCGCGGCGGCUCGGCGGUAUGGCGGGACUGCUCGACGCCGGCAUCAUCUCCGAGGCCCUCCCGCCGCUGUCGCACCGGAUACAGGCUUGGGACUUCGCGCCCGGCCUCCCACCUGAUAUUUCUGACAGUACAAAGAACAUAGUGGUCCAGAAAUGCAGAAUACAUAAUGAUGCUUGCAUUGACAUAUCGAAAGACGGCAGAUUGCUUGUGGCUCUACUACCUGUACCGAGACUAAGAAAUACCAAUCGUUGGUUAGGUGUUUACUCCCUGGAGUGGUCGCGGCUGGGUCAGUGCCUGCACACGGCGGCGUUCGAGCACAGCGCGGUCUCGGUGGCGCUGUCGCCGACCGCCCGCCACCUCGCCGUGGGGCUCGGCGCGCGCCGGUUCAGCUCGGCGCCGGCUAGGACCAACCUCUUCGCUCUGCUGUACCGCCUGGAUCCACUGGAGAGUUCGAGUCGCACAGGCUUAUCGCCGAUUAAGGAGUUGGAGCAGACUUGGGAGCACGGCUUCACCAGCCUCAACUGCCUGCGCUGGGCGCCGCAGCCUGGCCAGGGGUUCGUGUACGUUGAUAACUCGGGACAACUCAUCAUCAUGAGCUAAAUGACGACUGAUUCAGUUGAGAUAAGACUCGAAGCGACUACUCGACGCCCGCAGAAAUUCGGCGAUUGACCUAUCGUUGCUCGUGUCUUUCACUCACGCGCAAACAUUUAGUUAGGUAUGAGUUAUGACGUUUCGACUGGUAUAUAGCAUAGUGUGAUAACUAUAUUUUCUCGUGUGAAUAGAAGAAGUAGUAGUGGGUCGAUGGCCGAAUUAUCUGUCUUCGGUGACCGGGUUAUAGUAUAAUAUAACUC